UGGCUCAGUUAUGACUUGGCAAAAAUGGCGGACGAAUGCAUUAAAACAGCGAACCUACCGGCAAACAUGAAAUUGUUCGUGUUUGAUCUCGCAGGCACAACUGUAGAUGACUCGAUUGAGGGUGUACCACUUGUGGCUAUUGCAAUGAAAGAAGCUUUCCACAAAAAUGGUGACAAAAUCGACGUAAGCUUAGUCAACAAAUACCGUGGAAUGGAGAAGAGAGACGCAAUUCAGAGUAUCUUGAACGAACUGCACGAGUUAAACGGGUCAAACAACAGUUCAUCUAACAUCAGCGUUGAUGGUUUAUUUGAGGAUUUCAAAUUCUUUCUGAAUCAGAAUUUGUCAUCGAUUAAAAACGAAAUCGCAGGAACGACUGAAGUUUUUCAGAAGUUGAAAUCCACAGGGGCCAAGAUUGCCGUUGGCAGCGGCUUCCCGCAUAGUGUCGUUGAAACUAUCACACAUACCUUGAACUGGUCCAGCCUGGUCGAUUUUGUUUGUAGUGCGGAGAAAGCGGGGCAUGGAAGGCCUCAUCCUGCAAUGAUCCAUUCUGCUAUGAAAUUUUGUAACGUAAAAGAUCCACGAUCCGUUGUCAAAGUUGGGGACACUAAGGUAGAUGUUGAAGAAGGAAAGAACGCUGGCUGUUGGACGAUCUCAGUGUUAACUGGGACACAGAGUAGAGAGUUUAUUUCAGAGAGUAAACCGGAUUUUAUCAUCAAUAGCAUUGCUGAUUUACCCGAUCUAUUAUCAAACGGAACAUGACAUUUAUGAUC